AUGACAUAUCCUGUCAAAUUCUACACGUUAUACACUAAGCCUUCUGCCGAAAGUCUGCUGAGUGUUUUACAAAGUCUCCGGAGAGGCCAUAGUAAUUUCAGCAGCCUUCCACUCUCGAGCUCAACAGAUCAGUCUACAGACACGAUAUGGAUCGAUCCCGCAGGAGUAGCCGGAUAUCUGACAAGCAUCAUAGCCUCGUCGUUACAGUGGCUGACCGACGAAGAUCGCGAACUGGUUUGGGACCAGGCCAGUCUACGAAUCAGUGAAAGAUCAGGCCGGUCUGCUGCCCCUGCUAUAAACAGAGCCUUUAUGAUCAAUAACAACCUCACCAUCCACCUUCACGAGCCUUCGCUUACAGAAGAUAACCUAGGUUUGAAGACAUGGACUUCAUCGUUACUUCUCUCGCGGCAACUGAUAACCCUAGUCAAGCACGUUCCGUCCGGUACCCCUCGUAUGCUAGAGCUCGGUUCUGGUACCGGCCUCGUCGGACUAGCAGCAGCCUCCAUCUGGCAGGGUCUAUUAUCAGAAGUGCUACUGACCGAUCUGCCUGAAAUUGUGCCAAAUCUACAGCACAACAUUGACCACAACGCAAGUCUUUUCCCGGAACAACGUUAUGAUGGCGACUCCUCUGUCAAAGUGCACUGUAGGGCUCUAAACUGGGCCGAUGCAACUGACACGCCCAGUGAACAAUACGAAAACUUCCAUCUAAUCGUGGCAGCUGACCCGAUCUAUAGCUCCGAUCAUCCCCGUCUACUUACCGACACAGUCCACCGAUGGCUGGCACCCUCCUCUUCAUCACGGUUCAUCGUCGAACUACCACUACGAAGCAGGUAUCAACGGGAAAGAGCAGAUCUCCGGCAGAAGCUAGAAGUGUUCAUGGAGGUGAUCGAAGAAGGCGAAGAAGUAGGCUACGAUGACUGGGAAGGUGCAGAUGGACAACCCAUAGAAGUCAGGUGUUGGUGGAGCGUUUGGAAGCUGAGAGAUGUCGCCGAACAAUCUAAGCCUAUCACAUCUUCCACUUAA